AUGAAUAAUAUUAUCGAUUUUAUAAAAAAAAAUGGGAAUCCAUUUGAAACUCUUGAACUCGACAUGACAGCAGAUAUAAAGGAGAUAAAAUCAUAAUACAAAGAAUUGGCUAGGAAAUAUCAUCCUGAUAAAAAUUUAAAUACUAAGGAGAUAUUCAUAAAGAUUUAAAAAGCAUAUGAGUUCAUUGUGAAUAAUUUGACAGACAUCCAUAAAUAUGUUGAACAUUAGAAAUUCAGACAACAAGAGCAUAGCAAAAUGAGCAACGAAUAGAAAUAAUAUGCAGAGGAUUUAAAGAGAAGAGAAUAAUUUGCUGAGAAAUAGAGGUAAUAGGAUGAAGUAGUAAAGCAAAUGAAAGUGAAUGAAGAAGUAUUAAUGUCUUAUAUUUAAGAUAGCUAGGAUGGAAGAAUAGAGAAAAUUUGAAGAGAAUGAGAAGAAAUAGAAAUAGGAGAAAUUAAUUUAAUUUGAGUUGCAAAAUCAAGAUCUGUAUAAGAGAUUAAAUACAAUUAAGAUCAAGUGGGCAAAGGAUUAGUUAUAUACUUCUGAUUUGUUAAGUCUAUUGUUUAAAAACUAUGGAGCUAUUCAGGAAAUUAAAAUUUAGGAUAAUAAGAGAAAAGCAACGAUCACUUUCCAUACAACUGAAGCAGCUGUAAAUAAAUAAAUAUAUUCUAGAGUAACGCAGUGUUACAAUCUAAUGAUGGAUUUCUGAAGGUUAAGCACUUUAUGAAAGAGGAAAAGAGGUAGUAAGUUCAAAAGCAAUUGCAAACAGAGAAGGAGAGAAUCAAUAGGAAUGAUCAAAAUGUCUAUAAUCUCAGUACUGAUACUUUGAAUAGAAUUUCGCAUUUCUACAAUAAGGAUUCCAAGAUAAAGGAGGGAUUGGACGAACUUAAAAGAGAACAGGAGAGAUUAAAAUUAAUAAAUUAAAUCUAUGAAGAGGAAUUAAAUAAAUGAGUGUGAAUGUGUAUUAAGAUUAAU